AUGCAGACCGAUAUCAUGAGAAAAUUUGAAUGCAAAGUGAGUAUUGGGCAAUGUAGUAGAGCAAAAAAAAAGGUUUUGGAUGAUUAUGAAGGUGGUUUAAAAGAACAUUAUGCUAGACUUUCGGAUUAUAAAGCCGAGAUAUUAGAAACUAAUCCAGGGAGUACUGUGAAGAUGGUUGUGAAUGAAAUGGAGAAUGGAGAAGUUUACUUCAAUAGUUAUUAUAUUUGUUUUAAGGGUGUCAAAGAUGGAUGGAUAAAUGGAUGCAGAAAAGUUCUUGGUUUAGAUGGGUGCUUUCUAGAAAACAGUGGCCAACUACUAACAGCUAUGGGAAGAGAUGCCAAUAACCAUAUUUUUCCUUUGGCAUGGGCUGUUGUGUCUGUUGAGAAUAAGGAAAACUGGAAAUGGUUUCUUAAUCUAGUGAGGGAUGACAUUGAAAUGGAAAGUGGACUUGGACUAACUCUCAUUUCAGAUCAACACAAGGGAAUUAUAGAAGCUGUAAAGGACGUGUUUCCUUAUGCUGAGCAUAGACAAUGUGUAAGGCAUAUUUAUGCUAACUAUAAGAAAAAAUAUCGCGGAGAACAAUUUACAAAUUUAUUUUGGAAAGCUGCAAAGGCAACAACCGAGGAAUAUUUUGAGAAGAAAAUGGAAGAAUUGAAAAACAUUAACAAAGGGGCAUAUACCCAUCUAAUGGAAAGGAAUCCGGUUACUUGGUCAAAGGCUUUUUUCGAGCUUAAUAAGGCAUGUGAUGCGUACGAAAAUGGCAUGAGCGAAAGCUUCAACUCGCGCAUUCUAUCAGCACGACGGAAACCUAUAAUUACUAUGCUAGAAGAAAUCCGAACAUUUGUGAUGGAAAGAAUAUUUUUAAUGGCGAAAAAAGCUGGAAGAUUAAAACGUGAUGUCUGUCCGAAAAUCAGGAAAAAGUUAGAAGACAUCAAAAAGGAUCAAAGGUUUUGGAAGGUAGUUCCAAGUGAUAACACCGUAUUUGAAGUUAGAAGUGAAAAAUAUGCAUGCGUGGUGAACCUUGAUGAAAAAACUUGUAGUUGUAGAUUAUGGCAGUUGUCAGGCAUACCUUGUGUUCAUACAGUGGCAACGUUGUCCUUCGUUAACAAGGACCCAGAAACUUUUGUUAGUUCUUGGCUUAAAAAGGACAUGUUCAGAGAAGCAUACAAAUAUCCAAUCAAACCACUAAGAGGAAGUACAUUUUGGCCUAAAACUGAUGAUAUAAAACCUUUACCUCCAAAAGAGAGACGAAUGCCAGGUAGACCAGCAGUAAAGAGGAAAAGAAGCGCUGAUGAGAAAGAGAAAAAGAACCCGAAGGUUGGAAUUGGAAGAAAAAUGUCUUGUCAAAAUUGUUAUGAAACGGGUCAUAAUGUUAGGUCUUGCAAAAACGAGAAAAAAGACCCCCCACCAAAGGUGAAAAGGCCAAAAGGUAGACCUAAAAAGCGUGGUGCAACGAAGAAAGUUUAA